CGUUAUCGCUAAGAAAUUAUUUCCUUCAAAGCAUAAAAACUGCUUUUUAAAAUUACACGAAGGUAUCAUAAAUAGUAGUUUGCUAUGGUUCUGGACAUUAUUGCUGUAUUCCGCAUUGAUGGAAAAAUAUUUAAAAAAAAAAAAAAGAAAAGGUUGAUUUAUUAGGAUGUUGCACUUGAACCGAAUACACACACACACACACAAGUAUAAUUAACGUUGUCGUGAGAUGCACAAUGUUAACGUGCCUUUGAGUUGCGUAAAAUUGCCUAACGAUGGCGAUAUAAUCGCGACAAGGGUCGAUGUUUUUGUAACGUGCGUAUAUGAGUGCCCGAAAGCCAGCAGUCGAGAUGCCGCAAAGGUUUCUGGGUAUGCGGAGGGAGCCAUAUUUUUCCAAUAUCAGUUAUGCGAAAACAGCGUACGCAUAGCAUCUGCAGAAUGGAAUUUCGUUCGGUAACCUGCGUAGAGUCUGUGUUUCACUAGAGGAAUCAAUUACGAAGCAGACGACAAGGGAUCGGAGCAAGAAGACGAGACGAUUGGGCUAGUCGGGAAAUAAUAAGCGUGCGUUUCCACGCGAUCGAGAAGCGAGGUUCGGUGAAAACGAUGAGCGCGGCCCGCGCAGGUGUUCGAGUCGAGAAGAGGGUUAGUUAACUUAACCCGAGUUCGUAACCGCGACCGGUGGUAGUGGUGGUAGUACUAGUGGCGGUGGUGGUGGAGGCAGCGGUGGUGGUGGUGGUGGUGGUGGUGCUACUGCUGCUGUGACGAUGACACAGCGUCAUAACACGACGUACGUUCGUCCGUGCGAUUUAACGCGAGUUGUUAUGGCAGUAUAAAGUGUUUUUGUACCGGAGAGUGCAUUCGCGCCAUUACCGAUCGAGCGUGUCGUGUCUCGGUCACGAUUAACCUGUGUGUAUAUUCAGUGUCAACGGAGAUGGCUUUCUUGUUUAGUGUGUGAACCUGAAGAUUUGGAGUAGCAUAUUUUUGGAGUGACAGUGGCUCACGAUGACAUAAUUAAGUUCCCAUUCAUCGUUCCUUCGUCGAAAAGUGAGUGCUUGUAUGUGAAAUGGAGUAAUUGGGACUGUGACCGCGAAGAACGCGACCGGGACCGUGGCAAUGACACGACGUCAUCGUUGACUUUUUUUUUUUUUAAGGUUAAAUAUUUCUCGCCUACACGCGUCGCGUUUGUUUUCAUCAAGGUCAAUUCGAGAACGUUGCCCGUCGGCAACGUUUACAAAAAUUGCCUGCUGCCGACUCCGUUUUCCGCUCGGAGCGUGCAUGCGUCACGAAUAACAGCGUGUUUCGGAGAGUUAGGUUAGUUCGAUGCUUAGCCCCGUUGCGUAGUUAGACGCAACCGAAUGGGCGAGUUGUCGCUUUGUGAAUCGACCUUGCGAGUAUCAGCGGAGACGUAAUUUCCUAAUAAACAAAGUUACGUGGCUGCGCUAUGUCAAGCCGGUUCGGAGCAUGAAAAUAGCAAUAGUUUGACCUUGGUAUUCUUCCAACCGUAAAUCUCCGCGAAUCGAUUUAAGAAAAUUCCGUGACAAUUAUUUCCAACGAUAAACGUAAACUAACGUCCGCCGAGAGAACAAUUUUUCGAAAGGAAAACGAUUGCUUUCUUACGUUAUCGAAUCGUCCACGAAGAAAAGAAGCAACGCUAACGUUAUUACACCGCCGAUUCCCGAUGCAUUGGAAUUUCGACUAGCCUCAACGAAACUAGUAUAAUGGUAGAAUGUACGGAAUCACAGCGGAGAGGUUAGACGGGCAUUGACCGGUGACUAGCGCGCGUCUGUCGUCCCGUCGGAUGCUUUCCAGUUUCAAAAUCUUGGCACCGUUUACGAGGCCUCCGUAGUGGUCAGCUGCGACGGAAAGCAGUUUGCGUGCGUAUAUGCGAACCGUGGAUUUUUCAACGCGAACAUCGAAAAGUGAAAGAACGAUUCGGUGAAGCAUUCGUUUGGCAUGCCGUACGCGGUGCAGCCGAGGAUGUCGAGCGACGAGUACGUGCACGGCAGCUGCAAGAUUCCGAGUAUCGGUGAGCGCGCGUGGCCAGGAAGAAGGACUGAAAGAACGUGGUGGGUUUCGGCGUGAUCGUUUCCGUUUACGGAGGAUGCGGCAGGACCUCGAGGUACCUCCACGUAGGCGUGCUACCUGGGUUCCAGUGAUGUCGGUGUCGGGGUUACCUGCAGCGCUGCUGGACCUGGACCAUGGCCGGCAAACCUGAGCAGCCGUCCACGCACCCUGUUCCCCCAAGCCACAGUCAUCAUCAUCACCAUCAUCAACAACAUCAGCAUCAUCUCCAACAACAACAACAACAGCAACAGCAGCAGCAGCAAGAGCAACAACAACAACAACAACAGCAGCAGCAGCAGCAGCAACGUCCUCAGCAGGGGAUCCAAGAGAAUAGCGUUCUAGUGUACGUGUCGGGGGAUAAUUUUGCAUACGCGACGGCGGUCGGUCAGAAUGCCGCCGCCGCUGCUGCUGCUGCUGCUACCGCAGUCGGCUAUCAAUCUCCGCAGCAGGCGACGUACACCGGCAUCCUGCCGCCUCAGGUGGCGACGGCGGCGGCGACGUUUCCCGCCAAAACCGCCAUAUAUUGCAACGAUAACGCGAUCGGUAGCACGGCUAACUGUUGCCGAUUGAAGCCGGUCGAGUACGCGUCCACCGAUGGAGACUCGGGCCGAACGGUGCGAACCUUGUCCACGGGCACCGUGGAAGACGUGGAAGAAGAUUACGGUACGAUCGUCUCGAGCAACGGUUUGCUCUACAGGCAAGCAAAUUUCGUUCAAGCAACGAGCACGUCUGCGACCACGACGAUGACUUGUGUAGUAUCGACGUGCGACAACAAGAACCCACCGAAUCGUGGUCCGUUGGAAAACGAUAUCGGCAACACCACCGAGAACCUCGCGUCGAACGUUGAGCCGAUCAACAGGGUGAACGGUAACGAAAUGGUGGCCAACAAAUUGUUUCCAUCGAGAAUUCACACCGAGAUGUAUCCAACAGGAGCAAGGCUGGUGGACGGUUAUAACGAUAACGGUAGGAUCGCGCAGGGGAAUCUCGGCGAGGGCUGCGUGGGGCUUCUGAGCGACGAGACGGGUUGUGUUACUUAUGUGAGACAGGGAAACGAAACGUCGCAAACGUCCGCGAGCGUUUUUCAAGCGGACAGUGUCGAGCAACGCAUCGACAUGGACGAGAAGAGCCGGCAGCAGGACGCUUUCCAGAAUCAGGCCGGCUCGUCGCUUUCUUCGUCCUCUUCGAGCAUCGGUGGCAGCGGUGGCGGUAGUGUUGUUGUUGUUGUUGGUAAUGGUGGUGGUAGUGGUGCGGUUAGCUGUGACUCGGUUCGUUCCGAUACUGGUGAAUCGUCGACGUAUAGUAGUCUCAGCAGUCCCGAGAGUCAAAGUCAAUCGGCAUCGCACGACGGUUUGUCCGUCGGUCCGACGGCUACCGGUGGCGGUUCAUGCGCGCAGCAGGCUGCGCGUCAGCCGUCGUUGUCGUGCAUCAACAACUCUAACAGUAAUGACAAUACUGGCCAACAAAAUGUAGUGCUUACGAUGAACGGUAGUGGGGUGGUUACGCAGCAGCAGCAGCAGCAUCAACAUCAACAAGCGAUUACAGUGCCACGUGGAUGGAAAAGGAUAUGCACCAACGGGGUCAUCAUUUACAUCAGUCCAAGCAGUACAGCGCUGGGUUCGCUGGAUCAGCUGAAGGAGUACCUGACGACAGUGGGAACCUGUAAAUGCGGCCUCGAAUGCCCGUUAAAACCUGAACAGGUCUUCAACUUCGACCCCAAGGUUGCGACACGACCUUGGAGCCCGGAUCAGGGCAAGACGCGGGAGAUGACCAAGCUUUGCAACCAUAAGAGGAAACUUUUGCUGCCAAUAACGGCGGCUAGCAGUCCUGUUGCAUCCUGUACACCGGCGGUCUCCUCGUCGACUUUAUCCUCUGGCCCGCCUGCAGCCGCGAUUCACGUGAACGCAGACUCGCCCACCUCGCCGGACAAGGCCAGGAAAGAUGGUAUCAGCAAAAAGAAGAAGAGAAAAGUAGGUGUGAUAGGAGGCAUUUUUUCUGGGGUCUCGGUAUCACAACUUAUGGCACAACGUGACAGGGCUAUUGUUGCGGCAUCUGGAGUUCAAGGGUCGUCGGUGCCAAAUGGAUCACAGGUGUGGCCAAUCGCAAUACCCAAUUUGCAAGUUCAACAGAACAAUCAACAGAUCUGUCAUCAAACGCUAAACUCACCCUCGCAAAAUCAGGACGUAAACGGCUGUGCAACGAGAAAUCCUCAACAAAGGUUAGGUCAGCAUAACAUGUCUGGGAUGCUGAUGGGAAAUCCGCUGAUCAUGAAUCAACAGGGCGCUAACUUCAACAACAUGACCCAGCAGCAACAGCAGUUGUUGCAACAGCAACAUCAACAACUCAUAUUGCAACAGCAACAGCAACAACAGCUAAUGCAGCAGCAUAUAUCUCAACAACAGCAGCAACAACAGCAACAACAACAACAGCAGCAGCAACAACAACAACAGUUGUUGCCUCACCAUCAACAGAUGCAGCAUAUGCAGAUAUUGCAACAGCAGGAACAAUCGCAACACCAAAGUGCGGUUGUGAAUCAGCUAACGCAACAGCAAGCUCCUCAUUAUCUCAGUCAGUUGAAUCAACAAUCGUUGCACGUAAUGCAACAACAGGAACACUUGAAUCAACAGCAGCAGCAGCAACUGCAUAUGCAGCAAAUACAGAAGCAUAAAAUGCAACAGCAGCAGCAACAGCAACAACAUCAGCAUUUAACUCAAGAAGUGGAUCAACAAUCGGGGAGCUACAAUUCCCAACACUCCUCGGAGAAUUACGUGCAUCACAUGCAAUCAUCGCAACUAUCAUCGCAACCCGCUAUCCACCAACAAUUGCAUCAACUUCACCAGCACCAAAUGCAGCAGCAAACGCAACAGCACCAAUCCAAUCAACACGUGAUGCAAGCGCAAGCGACGGAUCAUUUUCAAAUGCAAAUACAGCAGUUGCAGCAGCAGCAACAAGUAUCUCAGAUUUGCGUACAACCGCAGUAUCCUAAUCAACAGCUAGGUCAUCACUCGUUGGACGUCAUGCAACAGCAGGCAUCGGGCUCUGUGAUGAACGCUAUCAACACCGCUGACAUUCAAAACAGACACAAUCGUACGCCUGUUACGGAUGAAGAUCUAAACGUGAAGCAAAUGCAACAGCAGCAGCAGCAACAACAACAACAACAGCAACAACAACAACAGCAGCAGCAGCAGCAACAGCAGCAGCAACAACAACAACAACAACAGAUUUUAUUGCACAACCAUACGAUGCAGCGACACCACGUCGUACAAAAUGGAAACCUGGUGAACAACUCGCACGAAAACGUACAACGAAUGUACGCUCAGAAUCAGGUUCAGUAUCCUGUGAGAAAUUUCGAUGCUUCGAAGGGGACUACUGCGGAUGUUAAACAUCAGCAGCAAUACACUUUACCUAAUCUAGCGGGAAGGAGCCCGAACACCAAUCACGCUGUUGAAGCACAAUCUGGUAUUAUGGGACCAAACGGGCAGCCCGGUAAUAUGCAUUUCACCUCGAGGACACCGCCUUGGCAGCAGAACCGACCAGUCUCGGCCUCUCAUCAACCUUCUCUCGUCACUGUCCAGAACAUCACCUGCAACUCCUUCGAUCGUGUUCCACCGUUGCAUCAUCACAUUCCACAAGCUACCACCUGGACAGACGAAGUGGCUCGUAAGAAAGCAAAGUCCAACAAAGUAAUGGCGAAAAAGCAACGGCAGCACAGCGUCACGGACGUUAGGAACAGCAGCCUCGAUCAAUCAGCCUCGAGUCCGAUCGACGAGUUCAACGAUAAAAGCCAUCAGAACAAUAGUCAGAUAGGUUCGACCGUUAAUAGCAGCGGUCCGUCGUUCUUAGAAGAUCCUAGCGGUUACCUCGCGCAGCAGACAGCGCUGUUGAACAGCACGAUAUCGAGACAGACGGGCGUCAGUAGCUCGCAAGUGGGCAUGAUUAAUAACUCGAAACCACCGCAAGCGAGUCACGGAUCCCACUUACCUAAUAACGCGUAUCUUCCACAACCAAAGCCUUCCUCCAGCGUUAGUCCCACGAGUACGUCGUCGUUCAAUUCCGUGAAAAAUCACGCAACCUCGCCCGUGGUCGUGCACAGUAGCAUGACGCCAACGUCGAGCAACGGGGGAACAGAUUCGGAGGGUAGCCCCUGUCAAGGUUGCGUCACCAGCGCCGACACCCAAUCCUACGUCCAGGAUCAAUACAAACAGCAAAUGCAACGUCAGUACCUGAUGCAUUCGGAUCAACGCGAGGAUCCUGUCACGUCGUCCACGUUUGGCGAGCAGUGCCAGAACAACCAACAGCAGGCUGAUUCGAGACCAAUCCAAGGUGGCACGGUGAGCACCAGUCACGGAUCUCCGAUUGGAACGAACAGUCCAGCGAAUUCGGAUACACCAGCUUCGUCGACGCCUGGAAUAUCGCAGCCGGCUACCCCGCAGAGUCUAAUCUCAUCGCAACCAUCGACGCCUCAUAGUUACUCGCAACCGCCAACACCUCAUUCGCACGCUACUUCCGGUUCGGUGCCAUCGCAACCUUUAACGCCUCAAGCUCAGCAACCGUCGCAGUCUUCGAUGAGCAGUGGCGGCCAGGAGCAACGUUCCGAAACGCCUUGCUCCGCAACAACGAACUCGAGCGGUGUUCCUCCUGGUACGCUCUCGUUGCAAUCGUCCUCAACCGCUACAGACAACAUGACACCUCAAGCAACGAAAAGGCAAGCUACGAGACAGUCGUCUUUGGAUGGUUAUCAGCCACAUCCGCAUACCGUGAACACUGUUUCCAGGGUACCGAUGAACCAUUUCACUGGUGCAUCGUCGGUGAUAACUACAAUGGCAAGUGGACACACCGUUAGCAGCAACACUAUCACGUCCGUGCUAGCUGGAAGAGCGAAUACAGCUACGGUUUCGAUCAAUACGCCUUCCGGAAUACCGAACCCCGCCAUACCGGAUAUACUCGCGAAUAAACCGCAGCAUCAGGCAUCUACGACGACGUUAACGAACGUACCAACCUCUACCGUUACCUCCACGCAUUCUUCUCUGCCGACCAGUCAACCAUCGUUGGGAAUAAAUGUCUCAAAGUCGCCGCUAGAGAUGGUGCAAAGCGUCGUCAGUAGCAUACAAGUACCUCAGACAAGUACCACCUCGCCAGUGCAACAGAAUCAGAAUCAGCAACACCAACCGCAGCAGCAUCCUCAAUCCAACGUACAAGUUCACAAUGUUCUUACCUCUGGUGGAAUACUGAAACACCCCGCUGGUUCUACUUUACCUCCCGGUCACAUACUAGUUUCCAGCGGUGGUCAGCUGAUAAUGGCCAGCACAGGAACGAGUAUCAACGGCGUGAUGGCACCGCCUCCUCCUAAAAUUAUUUCCAACUCCAGUUCUAUGCCGCCGUUGUCGGUGUCGCCGAUGGUUACCAGCGUAACAGGUGCCGUUAGUCAGGUUAUCCCCGCGGUGGGGGUAGCUCAACAAGUUAUAGGACAGCCCACGGUACUGGUGAACACUAUUCAAACUCCCGUACUUAUACAACCCGGUGUCAUGACCAUGGAUAGCAUAGGACAGAACGUUCAGAUACCGCAUCUAACCGUGGCUACCGGCAACGUGAUACAGAACGCUCAGUCAAUUUUAGAUGCGAAUCAAGACGUUGCGCGAAACGUUAACGCGAGCCAAGGAAUGGUGAAUCGGCAACCGGCAUUGCUGUCGCCCGAGUCGGCGAUGAGUAAAAAGAAAGCGUACAAGAAACGAAAAACAAACCCCCAGACGGUGGCUUCUAUGUUACACAUCGCUUCGUCUCAGCAGAACGCUGGCAUGUUAAUGCAAUCGCAGUCAAAUUUCGCACAGCAAAACUUUCAGACUCAGAGCAUAGGUGGUCCAAUGUUGCAAGCGUUAACCAUCGUCCCAGGAAAAGGUGGAGCACCGGCGCAGUUGGUCAUGAACGGACAGGCCGGUGCAACGUCGACUCAGUUCAACGCGCAGCAAAUCAUCGCGAACCCACAGCCUGCCCAGCAAAUAAACCUACUUCAGCCGGUGAACUUGUUGAACGGUGCUGCCGGAAUGGUUCAAAAUUUCCCCACCAUUCAGCAAUUCAUCGUUCCUGGCCUUGGCAGCAUGGUCAUGUCCGCUGACGGAACGGCAACUUUGUUGCAAGACACGGGGAACCUCGGGAUGCAGCUUCAGAUACAAAACGUGAACGGUCAGAACGUGUUAACUCCGGUUCAAAGUCACAGCGGGAUAUUCAAUCCCAGUCAAAGCAUCUUAGCAGCUGGUCCUGCUGGAAUGGUUAUCCGCGCGCCCCAAGCAACGGGCGGAAAGAUUAUUCAGCAGCACAGUCCAGGCGCACAAUUUCUUUCACCGAACAGUGGCCAGUUCCUAGUGAACGGCACCACGUCGUUCGGGAAUCAGCUGAGCCCGAUAGUAGCGAACGUCAGUCCUAAUCAGCAAGUGACGUUCAACGCUUCGCAAGUUCGACCGUCGAACAUGCAGGGCCAACAAGAAUUCAUACAGAUGAACGGGCAAACGCUGAUGGUGCCUUGCGGCACCGCGCAAAACAUCGCCGUUUCCUCGGCCUCCAAUCAACAGAACACAACUUUCGUACAACAAAACACUACGAUUGUUCAACAACAAACAACCAUGGUGUCCAACAAUCAGAUACCCAACUUUCAGUCUGCAACUUCUAACGGAACGGCCGUCGACCCUAUGAACAUCGACCACAAUCAGUCGUAUAUCUUGAGCUCUGGCAUGAUUCAGGGAAAGGCGCCUACUUCGCCGAAGAGCAGCGUAAACUCGCCGUCAGCCGACCAAAACGUUGAACAACAGCAAUACGUUCUCGCGAGUAGUAGUACGACCGUUGUCGAGAAAACAGCGCAACAGAGCGACCAGCACAGCCCUCUGAUGGCCAGGCAUUCCGUUUCCACGCAAACAGCGGGGAAUCAAGCGAACAUGGCUCAGUCGGCCAUGAUGAGGCAAGGAUCUCCCCCGGAUACCACCACGCAUAGUCCAGGGAAUAGCCAGAGGUCGAACAGCCCCGCUGUGGAUACCACGACCCACGGGGCAGCUUCGCCGGCACCGCCGAUUACAGUUAGACAUCAUUCGUCAUCCACGCCAAUGGUUCAUUGCGUGUCGAGCAGCGAGCCGGACUCAGCCGAUGUACCAGUGCCGUCGGAGGACUGGAGAAUUCAGGGUAUCACGAAGGAAAUAACGCUUAGUCAGCCGGGUCUCCACGGAAAAACUUAUGUGGAAUCGACGGUGACUACUGGGAUCCAGAUCUAUACGACAGAGACGUUGAAGCAAGCCGAAGGUGUGGUGAGCACAGUGAGGUGCGAGGGCAGGGAUCAUGCCCUCGGCCGCGGAAUCAAACGAAAACUGGACUCCAUCCAUUCCAUGCAUUCUACCCUGCAUGAAGACCAAGAUGCCGAGGCAAAGUCAGAGGAGAAGAGCCAGAGGAUACUGGAAGUGGGUGAGCUUGUAUGGGGCGCCGCAAGAGGAAGUCCGGCGUGGCCGGGCAAGGUCGAGUCUUUAGGCCCCCCGGGGACCAUGACGGUCUGGGUCCGUUGGUACGGGGGCGGGGGCGGUCGGAGCCAGGUCGAGGUCAAGGCUCUCAAGUCCCUCUCCGAAGGCCUCGAGGCGCACCACCGUGCGCGAAAAAAGUUUAGGAAAAGUCGUAAAUUGAACAUGCAACUGGAGAACGCCAUACAGGAGGCGAUGGCUGAAUUGGACAAGGUGCCGGAGUCGAGCAAGGGUGAGAAAACCACCAGCAGGUCCUGCAGGGUGACAGGAACCAAGGGCUCCGAGAGUGGCGGAGCUUCGAAGCCAGAAGGAAAGAGGACGUCGAAGAAGUCCGUGGGGACCUUGAACUCCGUCACAGCCGAACAGAAGCAGUGUCGAUGAUCCGUGUCCACCCUCCGACCAGCUCAGGUCGCGACGACGAGCUGUUCCAAGGAUUUGCUGCCAUCUAGGACACGUGUCCUCGAAGACGCAACUUCCACGAGAGAUCAGGGCCAUCGAGGCCCUGACGCUCGACGCGUUUGCGAUUGGCCCUUUGACCUACAACGUGCGACACUCAUAGCACGUCUCGGCUUGAAUAUGAAAAGUAUAAAAGCCGAGUCAGUAUGAAAGCCCACGUGCGAAUUUAUACCCGUCUAUGGCGCUGGCCCAAAAUGGAUGGUGGGUCAAGGGGUUCGGUCCAAGCGACUCACCGAUAUGCGUACUCGUUCUACGUUGUUUUCGCCGCAGUGAAUACAAACUAACAAACGUAACCGUGUUCCUCGCCAGCAUGGUAUCAAUUAGCGAGAAUAUCGAGAUCGUCGCGUAGCUUUUAAUGCUGCGAAUUUUUACCUGUGCUCGAUAUUCGAGCCGAAAACCGAAACUAUAUAUUGCAACCAAGAGGGAGACGUGGACGGAUGCGAAAAUAACGUAGGAUAAGUGGAAUUGAUUUGUAUAUAUCGUUCCUGUCGGGGUAACGAGGGAUUUUUCAUGUUUAGAGAUAACGGAACGUUUCGUUCGGAAAUUGUUUAUCGGGCCACCGUUGUUGAUGAUGGAGAAAGCGUACCGUGCCGGGAAAUGACGACGAGCGUUUCUCCGAUGCCACGAUGCGGGUUUUCUUUUGUACAUAAGCGGGGAGAGGUCGAAUUCUUCCGUGAGCAUCAGAGGGAGUCUCGAGGAUGCUAAGGGAUUUUGUCUGACGGGAACAAAUAUUAAUGGACGAUCAAGGGAAGGGGUGGUCAAUCGAUUGUGAUCGAAGAGACUGAGAGACUAAGAGAGUAGGAAUACGAAAGGCACGAUGCAAUUGAGUUACAGAGGAUUUUUAUUGGCCGAAAGUCGGUCGAGAGAUGUUUCUCGACGUGAUAUAGGAUAGUUUGUCGUUAUCUCAUCACGACCAUUCGCUGCUAGAGUGUAUAAUUGUAGAGGACACCAUUUUCCUAUCAACCAUUGUUCCUCAAUAGCUGGAACUCCCUGUGGAAAAAUUGACCAUUCGCAAUCAAGUGUACUAUUAGGGCGAACCGAAAGUUCCCCCUUUUUUAUGUUCUUCUUUAACGAUUGUUUAAACUAAAUAAAAGUAUAUAAGUUUUGUAUUAUAUAUGCCACUGUGUAGAUAUCGAAGUGUUCUUUCAUAUCGUGCGUUAAUUAUCCCUUUGCACUAUCAUUGUUUCUUUUUUUUAUGUUUGUUCUCGAUCAAUUCUCUAUUUGAACAUUUGAUGAAGAAUAUUAAUAGUGAUCAAAAGUAUUAAUAAAAUGUUUCGAAAGGCAUUAAGUACCAAGUAAGUUCCAAAUUAUUUUUCCUGAGAACUGAAUCGACUUAAUACAUUAGUCCAUAAGAACAAAAUGUAAUGACAUACGUGUUUCAAGCUUUGACAGAAGACAGAAAUUACUAUUUUAAAUGAGAUACAUCAAACUUACAAUAAAAUAAAUUAAAAAUAAUCGUGUACAAAAAUGCAUGUAAUUGUAUCGAAAUAAAAUUGUUAUGAAAACAUAUAGAAAUGUAUAAUAUUAGAAUUUUGUGUACUUACACAUUUUGCAAAGCAUUUUUAAAAUACAUCAGUGUCCCACGAAUUUGUUUUAUUUACCAUUUGAAGUGCAAUUCAAGAUUUACAAAAAUGGUGUAUAUAAUAUAAAACUUAAAUACUUUUAUUCACUUCGAAUAUUGGUUGAAGGAGAACAUAGAAAGAAGCAAGAAAGAUCGAAACGAAUUUCUGAUUCACUUUAAUAGUUAAAAAAGCAAGAUAUUGCUGAAUAUUCGUGUAAAUCUUAUACCUUAAAUCUUAAAAUUUAAUAGAAUCGGUUGUAUCCUUAAUUUGUUAAGAAUAUUUGAAGAAUUUACUCGACGCGUUUCUGAAACUAUGAAAUUAUUGUUAACAGGAAAAUGGUAGGGAAUUGUAAUAAUGUCAUUGCGAUAUUCGAAAUUCAAUUAGGGAAUGUUGGAACACUAUACGUGUGGCAGACGUACAGAUUGUUAGAAAGUUAUUCGUCGCGAGUUUCAGUGACUGGCGAGUAUAAUAUAACGAAAACUUAUCAUUAAAAUUUGGCAUUAAAGUUUGAGGUCAAAUUUCGUUUAUUUCUACACGUUCUGUUCAACAGCAAAAUAAAAAGUGCAAAGGAAACCAUUGUCACAAAUUAAUUAAAUUCUAAGGAACAAUUGUUAAAGGCUUGACGUCAAUUAGAUGAUUUUUAUUCGUAACAUGAUCGAAUUCUGAAACUUUUAGUGUUAAAGCAUGGCUAAAAGGUAGCUUUUCAAUUAUUUUAAAUAAUAUAUAGUAGAACCUUCAUAACGAUAGAAAACUAUUUAUUAAUCGAAGGAACACAUUUAAUAAGAAUGACUACUACUGUAUCUUCUACUUGAAAUCAUUAGUGGCUAUCUGACAAAUCUUUUCACCUGUCAAUAUAUUACAAAAAAUGAAUUACCAGUGUUCCACUACGUUAGAAAGCAAGAACAAAAAUUAUUCCCAAUUGCUUCCUCCAUUCAAUUAUAUUUAUUACUUUUUUAGUUUCAACCGUCACUAAUCACUGUCAGUUUUUAUUUUCUAACAAUCCACGAUAUAAAUAUGCAGAAUACGAUCAAAAGAGAACAACUAACCAGCGCCAGACCUUUAACCAUUCUUCCCGAGAAAAGUGUGACAAAUAACUUAGAAUCUACUCUGUACCAAAAUCGAGAUCAGCAAGUGAUACAGAAAGUUUUUCUAAAAAAACCAACAUGUAGUUACAUAGCUAACGAGAAAUCUUACAAUUAGUUGACGAGUGUCUGUCGAACAUAGACGUAGAAAAGUGAGCGUAUUGAACUCGCAUACUCGAGAUAUAGCAAAAACGAAUAUUCUCAGAAGCGUUGCGCGAACGAGCCCCCUGGUUCGCCUAGAAUUCCUGCAAGUUUCUAACGAGCUAGUGACAUUUCGAAUGUUACAUUUACAAACAUAAGGUGUGCGAGGAAAACAAUGGGUGUUUAUAUAUCCCGGACUUAGUCUCGCGUAACGUAACAGAUUAGAAACGGUCGACUGGCGCCGUUUUAAAACGACGAAUACACCUUUUAACGCGUCACUCUGUAUUAUUUUUAAGUCGCUCGCGAUUGCAAAACGAAACGAGCGCGCAGGUAGUUUUAAAACGAAUAUUUUUGCGAACGAAUCAACGUCACGGUACCUACACAGAGAAUACUAUUCCCAAUCAAUCAUUUUUUAGAUGGCUAUACAUAAGUAUACAAGGAAUAAUUCUUUUACUGGGACGUCAUCGUGUCGCAUUGUAAUAUUUCAAAGCAGUCUCGACACGUUGAGAUCCUUUUUAACCCUGGCCAGCGGCGAGACUGGUGUUUUUUGAUCCGCGUUAACGAUUUUGUAACACUAUUCCUUAGAUGGUAAACAAUAAUAGCGUUAUCGAUGCCGCGACUCGAUAUUCUACGAACGAAACAAAGACGAAGAACGAAAAAUACGAAACGAAGAUUGUACAUAAGAAACGCCCGAUUAAGAAUCUAGAAUUGUAAUCGAUACGCGAUGAAUUACGAACGAGACGGGGCUUUCGGAUAGCUUGAAGUCAAUUUCAUUUCAAGGAAAAGGAAAAAGGAUUUAAAAAGAAAAAAAAAGAAGAAAGGAACACACCCAGAGAAACGUCGGGGUAUCGACGGAUCUUCGUGAAAACACUUUUCCACUUUUUGCUUCAGCGAUUCGAUCUCGAACGUGCGAUACCGAGUACCUCGCCUUUAUUUUUGUAUCGACACGAACAUUCAAAAGCAACGCAACACCACCGUCGCACAAUUUAGCCCCGAGACACACGAGAUAUGUUCCUUUGCAUGCAUGUACGCAUAAAUAUGUACAAAAACAAUACAGAGCAAAUCUUUAAAAGUUAGUAGGAUAUACACAGCGAGUAUUGAACGGAUAUUUUAGUUGACCGACCAAGUAGUCGAGCACCGGUUGUCCAUGACAAAAUAUUUCGGUCCCGGUGAAGCUUUCGAUUAACGUAUUUCUUACCAGUCGAUGCUAGAUAUGAGCAGAAUUUUAAUCGAAUGAUAACGAUUUCAUUACAAGGUUGAUUCCAUUGGACCGGUAUUCAGAUAAGCUUCCACUUAAUGUGACGUUCAAUUCAAUUUUAUUAUUCAGAUCGUAAUUUUGAUUAAAUAAUAACGCAUAGAAAAUUCUUCAUUUUAAGAUCGUUAUUUAAUUAUGUGUAUCUAGAUAAGAAUUUUGCCCAUCUCUGAUGCAUUUUGCUGUGAAAAUCGAACACGAGAAUCUUUGGUAAGCGAUACGUUAGCGACAUAGCUUUCGGUAGGUCUGAACACACAAACAGACAAUAAAGAAGAUGCAAGUAUCAAAAGAAACAAAGAGGGCUGCGCGAAUUCUUUUUUCAACUCGUCACUUUGGCUUUCGGAGGCAUAUGUCCUCGAAUUUUAUUCGCGAACUGUCGAUUAUUCGUUGCUACCUAUAACUGCUGAGAUGAGCAGGAAACUUUCGAGCCACGCGCAAAUAGAAACGCUACCUAAAGCUAAUGUAAACUUAUAAAGAGGAUAGUCAAGCUUCUCGAAGAGGAAUCGAAUGUUACAGAAAAUUUGUAUACACAUCACAGGCUGUUUUCAGUAACCAGUCUGAACAUUUUACUAUCAAAGGGCCUGGGAGGUUUCGUAAUAUAAUAUUACCGCGUAAAAUAUUCGAAAGCACAGUGGACCAAAAUCAUGUUCAGUGAACUAUCGCUUGACAACUGAUGCCGCUUUUGGAGAAAGAGAUGCAUUCUUUAGUUCUCAUACAGAGCGUUUUGUAAAAUAUUUAACCAAAGUUUUUGAGCUUGAUUUCGAACCUGCGAGGAAUAAUAGCAUGUCUGACACCUAAAGUUAUGUAUCAGAGGAAGUGGUUCAGUUCAUCGAAUUCUGAAUUUUAUAAAAAUUAGUCAGACUACGAAAUUCUGAUACAUUUGAGGAACUAAUUCAUUGAAUUGAAGUAUUUCCUCUGACACGUAGCUAAGAAAGUCUAUGAGAAUGUCUAUAGACUCGUGCUGACAUUUAUGAAUCGGUAGUUGGCAAAAUUGAGUAAUUGAGUGCUUGAGUCUGUCAAGCUCUCAAAGUUUAAUCUGAAAGGAAGCAUUCCAUCUCGUAAAAUUCUGAAUUGUAUAUCAUCUGCCCAGGGUCGCCAACAUUUCUAAAUAAAUUCUUUAAGACACUUCCAAAUCAUAUACUCAUCAAACUAAGAUUCAAAGAUUAUCAGAAAUUUAUUGAAUCAGAAAUUAAUUGAGUUAUUUCCUCUAACAUGUAGCUGUAAAAAACUUCAUCGCUAAAGAAUUUCGUACACUCGAAUAACUUCUACAAUUAUUUGUAGAAUUUUGUUGUAAAAAUUAGGCGAUCGAGUCUGCCAUGCUCUCAAAGUUUGGUCUAGUAUUUAGAAACAUCCCAGAGAUUAAAUUCCUCCGCGCGAGUAGUUGGCAUAAAAUUAAGUUAGUCGGAUCAAACUCACUAAAAUUCUAAAUACAAGGACCACUAAUAUUUACGGCGUGCGAGAUCACGUGAAAAUGUGCGAGUGUGUUGAGACGUUACCGUUUAAUUCUCCCGUAGCAACGAGUAAUCGCCGCGACACAAAGGCGAAAGGUGACGUGCUUACAUCAGACUUCUGUUUUCAGUUCACUAACCGAUUCGGUUGUCCACGCGCCUCUUAUCAACGACGUUACAUCAAAGCUAAUCAAAAGCUCGCGACAAGACGGACGUGUCGACGGGUCUCUCCUCGUAGGCAGUAAAAUUCAAAAGUCUCGCUUCCUUCCACAGAACAGAGAUGGGCAAGCUCGAACAAUAAACGUCGGAUAAAGACACAAUGUGAUUUGUUCGCUGUUCGAUAGAGCAAUUACGCGAAUAAGACUUCGUUCAGCGUGAAAUAUAAUUUCAAUCCGUAAUUAAAACUCUAAUUUUUACCUCGUUAAACAUUUUGCCCAUCUCUGCCACAAAACGGAAACGUAGAGACGCUUCGAGUCUCGGGAAGACCAAGAAGUCUCGGAUUCGUAGAUUUCCGUUGCGAUCAGUGGCGAAAGACAUAUCACCGGCCGCGGACGACGAUUUUUGAGAUCGAUGAAGCUCUAUCGGUGGAGUGAAGAAAGAAACGAGGGAAAGAAAGCGUUUAGAGCGAAACGAGUGUCGAGACAUUCGUGGAUCGUGCGAAGGGAAACGGGCAAACGGCUGGCAUCGCUAUAUACAAAAUGGGACCGUUUAAAGAUAAGACAAUUCUAAUUUUAUCGCUCGAUUCCUUCGCCCAAGUUGGUAGCCGCGGGGUGGAAUGUAAUUUCACCUGGCAGCUGUUACCUAGUGCAGGCAUAUUCGACUGGAUUCUGACGAGCAAGGGCCAGUGCCACCAUUAAUGGACGUUUGAGUGGAAAUAUUCACGUUCAACCCUUUAAGUGCCAAGGGGCGAUAUAUAUUGCUGCUCGAAGCUGUAAAUGCUAUAACUCAUUAAAAUUGUCCGUCAUUUCUCGGAUAUCUAUGAAAAUUUCCCAUGGAACUCAAAGGGUUAAUCCCUCUAGAUCCACAGACGUGUGCAUGAAAUCUCCGCACGUCAUCAAAUGUACACUGGCGGGGUUGCCGUGUCCUUGCUCGUGAGAACUUGGUUGCAUAUGCCUGACCUAGAGAAAUCGAUCGCAUAGAUCGAUUCGACGCUAGGGGGAAGCUUUAUUGUCCUUUCUUAGCGGCGCGUCGAUGCGCCAACCAGGAGGUUAAAUUUAUAAACCAGUAAAGACUUACCUCAGUAAUGUAAUGUACGCAAGAAUCAAACGUCUUUAUGAUCGAGAGUACGUAUAUAUACUGUAGUGCUGAUCGUCCUUUGUAUAUUUUCCGUAUUGUAAAUAAUUAUACAUACGCCUUACCGGUAACUAUUGCUGUACGAUAACCGUCAACGUGCGCAUUAUUUAAUAUUUAUGCGAAUCUUGGAACGAGGGUUGCGCCGAUUCGGACAGCCGCGAGCUCGUGGAAAAGGCGUUGCGCGUUGAGAAAGAGAGAUAUGCUUCUAACGAAAUCCAUUUUGUUGUCUGAAUUUCGUUUUCGAGCAUUCUAUGGUGGUAGGACGUUGAGAUCGAGGGAAGAAAUGGAUUGUACAACUCUCAUUCCUCAGUUUUGUGUAUAUAUUCGAUUAUCGAUUGUGUGUGACAAUUCUUGUGACAUUUAAUUAUUUAUCAGUACCUUGAGUCGGUUAGAAUAGCUCAUAGCUCUGUUUUUAUAUGUGUAAUUUUGUCUUACGUUAAUUUUGUUAGCUGACCUUUUAUCGACCUGUAUUAAUCAUUGUUCAAUCUGUGUUUUUAAUUUGAGAUCCGCUCCUUCGGGAGAGUAUAUAUUUUGGCGCGAGUAAAUUAGGAGAGAAUUGAUAACUGCGCGUCGAGAUGAAAUUGUUUUAUUUUUCUUCGUUUUGGUAGAACGAAAUUGCGAAUCCAACAAAACAUUGACCUGCGUUGCUUUUUCUCGAGCGACGAAUGGGCACAGAGGACCGCGUGAGCGAUACGCGGUGAACUAUGACAAAAAGAGGCCUAUGUUAAUCGACGCUCUGUGUAUCGUUUCUUCUACUUCUUUUUCUUUAGCGACGGGCGGACGAGUACGAUAAAUUAGCGACUAAAGAUAGUUAAUGCGUUUAAAUCGCGGGAUACGGCCGACGGCCGUGGGAAACAAAUUUUUUGAAGAACUAUAUACCGAUAGUUAUCGAAGUGUGACUGUGAGGCACGAGUUUCUUCGGCAAAUAUUUAUUACUAUUAUUAUUUAUCGAAAGAAGAAAAAUGUGAAUGUAGUUAUAUUUAACGGAGCGUUUCGUUCGCUUGUUAUGUUUUGAAAGAGAUAUAGAGAAAAAAAGAGAGAAGCGCCGGGCGACUUUUGUUCAUUGUCGCGAAAAUGUACAGUGCGUGUGCGUGUAUGCGUGAGAGAGAAGAGAGAGAGAGAGAGAGAGAGAGAGAGAGAGAGAGAAAAUAUGUGUGAAAGAGUUACUCAGAUAAAAACAUAGAUUGAAAGGGAAAGAACGAGAAGUAAGAUGUUAAAAUCUGACGAAAAUGCAAAUUUCGGGGAACGAAUAUAGUUUAAGGAGGCACCAAAAAAGAAAAACUGAUUAACUCCGUAGGACAAACAAUUUAACCGUGAUCACAAUUUACCGAGUCAACAAAUUUAGGAAACAGCGACGAAUGCACUUCUUGGUGUACAAUAUGAAUAUUAAUGCAGAUAAUAGCUAUACAUAUUACUAUAUCAAUUGUCAGUGGUAUUACAAUAAGAGAUGAUAAUUUUAUAUUUACAAGAUAGAAAAUCGUUAAAUCUAAAUGAGUGUAAUAUACGUCUGUACUAUGAAAAAAGAACACACAUCCACAUAUGCAUACAAAUACUAUCCACUCGCAGACACCUUUUACGCCCACCACCCACACCCCUCCCCCACUCUUCACGAUCCCCAAAAUUCCGUGCUAGGACAAAAACUAGGAAAGCUAGCUUAUUUAAUAUUUGGCAUAAUAUUUAUAUAUGUAUAUAAUAUAUUAUAUUAUAUAAGCCGUAUAAUAUAAUAUUAUUAUGUAUUAUAUAUACGACUAUAAAUAUGAUUAUAAAUAUGAAUAUAAAUGCAAAUAUAAAUAUAUAUAUAUAAAUUUAAAUAUAAAUUUAUAUGUAUAUAUAUAUGAAAGAUAGAGCAUAAAGUAAACAAAAAAAAAUGGGAUAGGCUCGGUGCGGCAAUAUUUGCAUAACCGAGAAAAAGUAUGAAGCUAUGUGAUCCACUACUACUAGUAGCUUUUAGCUGUAAAGACUUAUACUUUAUUUUGUAAAUUUUGUUUAUACAAUGUUUGAUCGUUCACGCAUAAUACUAUUGUAUGUGAAAAUAAGUUAAUAAAUCAUUAACAUGUGAAGUUA